AUGUCGCCGCUGCACGCGGCGCCGCGCUGCCCCGCGGCCGCGGCGCUGCUUGCGGAAGGCGACGGCGGGGGCGAGGGCGGGGUAGGGAACGGCGAGGCGGGCGCGGGGACCGGGUGGGCGGAUCUCUUGUCGGUCGCAGAUCUUGAUGUGUUGGAAGCCGUGCGGUCGGCGGCCGACCGGCUGCUGCCCCUGGUCGCCCGCGGCGGCGGCGGCGGCGGCGGCGAUGGAGGGGCGGCGGCCUGCAGCGACGGGCCUGCGCGGCUGGACGCGCGCGCUUUGCUGGCGGUCGCCGUCGUGCUGCAGGAGGCAGCCCGCGAUGCGUCUGCCGCUGCUGAGACGCGGGGCGGCAUCGUCGCACCCUGA